GGCGGCGGUUGUGUUGCCUUUGAUAAAUCUCUGUUGUGUUUGUUUUAGAAAUCUGCUGGCAUUGUGGGACCGCCGAACGCCAACUUGCUUCGUGUGUUCUGGGCAGGUCUGGGGCAGGUGGCAGCUCCGUGACCUACCAUCAUGGAUGGAGACGGACUUUUUGAUGAAGAAACCAAAACAGUCGAUGCCAGCCAGGGCGAUUUGGCUGUCAGAGGUUUUGACAAAACCUGCCCUGUUCUCUUUGGGGAAUCCGAAUGAGGGAGAUUACAGACACCUUCACUGGGAAGCCAAGGACAUUUUUGUAUAAUCAGUGGAUGAAAGGAUUUUCUCAGACUCUUUUUUCCCCGUUUUCCUUGAGGAUUAAGCCGCUGCAAUCUUCAAUUCCAGUGCAAACCGCAAGGCACACGAUGUGGCAGAAGCCUAGAGCGCCUUCCGAAUUGUUCUGGACCCUUCCUUUAGCAUAGGGGAGUUUAACGCAGGCUACCCGCCGCCCCUCCCCCCACUCCCUCGUGCUGAUCUCUUCUCUUAGGUUAACCUGUUCUCAUUUUCUGAGUUAAGUUCUGUUUCCAAAACUGUCCUCUGGACCUAUAAGUGGAUUGCCAGAAAUGAAAGAUUAAGUACUGGGAGAAGAGGAAGUGCCCUGGGUUGUGUCUCUCCUCGGCUGCCGACAUGAAGUGCUUUUUCCCAGUGCUGAGCUGUCUGGCUGUGCUGGGUGUGGCGUCAGCACAGCGGCAGGUCGCCGUCCAGGAAGGACCCUUGUACCGCACGGAGGGCUCCCACAUCACCAUCUGGUGCAACGUGAGUGGCUACCAGGAACCUUCCGAGCAGAAUUUCCAGUGGUCCAUUUACCUGCCCUCCGCCCCAGAGCGCGAGGUCCAGAUCGUCAGCACCAUGGACUCUUCCUUCCCUUAUGCCAUCUACACCCAGCGCGUCCGUAGUGGGAAGAUCUAUGUGGAGAGAGUCCAGGGGAACUCGGCCUUAUUGCACAUCACUGAUCUCCAGGCCCGGGACGCCGGGGAGUAUGAAUGCCACACGCCCAACACCGAAGAUCGGUACUUUGGAAGUUACAGUGCCAAGAUGAACCUAGUGGUGAUCCCAGAUUCUCUGCAGACCACCGCCAUACCCCAGACUCUGCACAAGGUGGAGCAGGACCCUCUGGAGCUGACGUGUGAGGUGGCUACGGAGACGUUCCAGCACAGCCACCUUUCUGUGGCCUGGCUCCGGCAGAGAGGUGGCGAGGAGCCGGUGGAGGUCAUCUCCCUGAGCCGAGACUUCGUGCUUCACUCCAGCAGCGAAUACGCCCAGAGGCAGAGCCUGGGGGAGGUGCGGCUGGACAAGGUGGGGAGCACCACCUUUCGCCUCACCGUCUUCCACCUGCAGCCUUCUGACCAGGGCGAGUUCUACUGUGAGGCCGCCGAGUGGAUCCAGGAUCCAGAUGGCUCGUGGUAUGCCAUGACCCGAAAGCGUUCCGAGGGAACCGUGGUCAACAUCCAGCCCACUGACAAAGAGUUCACUGUUCGGCUGGAAACGGAGAAGCGGCUGUACACAGUGGGUGACCCGGUGGAGUUCAAAUGCAUCCUUGAGGCUCAGAACAUUCCUGACCGUUACUUUGCUGUCUCCUGGGCCUUCAACAGCUCGCUUAUUGCCAGUAUGGGGCCUAAUGCUGUGCCAGUCCUCAACAGUGAAUUCACCCAUCGGGAAGCCAAGGGCCAGCUUAAAGUGGCCAAAGAGAGCGACAGUGUCUUUGUGCUGAAGAUCUAUCACCUCCGCCAGGAAGACAGUGGGAAAUACAACUGUCGUGUGACAGAGAGAGAGAAAACAGUCACUGGAGAAUUCAUUGACAAGGAGAGCAAGCGUCCCAAGAACAUCCCCAUCAUCGUCCUCCCCAUCACAGAUAACUGGGUAGUUAAAGUCCCCCAGCACCACCAGAUCCUGCCCCAAGGCCACUUGGAGAGCAGCAUCUCCGUGGAGGUGGCCAGCAAUGCCAGCGUCAUCCUUGAGGGUGAGAACCUGCACUUCUCCUGCAGCAUCCGCACGGCAGGCAGGCCACAGGGCCGCUUCUCUGUCAUCUGGCAGCUCGUGGACAGGCAGAACCGCCGCAGCAACAUCAUGUGGCUAGACCGGGACGGCACCAUGCAGCCAGGCGCUUCCUACUGGGAGCGCAGCAGCUUUGGGGGCGUCCAGAUGGAGCAGGUGCAGCCCAACUCAUUCAGCCUGGGCGUCUUCAACAGCAGGAAGGAGGACGAGGGCCAGUACGAAUGCCAUGUGACUGAAUGGGUGCGGGCCGUGGAUGGCGAGUGGCAGAUCGUGGGGGAGCGCCGGGCCAGCACCCCCAUCUCCAUCACGGCUCUCGAAAUGGGCUUCGCGGUCACAGCCAUCUCCCGCACGCCGGGGGUGACCUACAGCGACUCCUUUGACUUGCAGUGCAUCAUCAAACCCCAUUACCCAGCCCGGGUCCCCGUGUCAGUGACGUGGCGGUUCCAGCCGGUGGGCACUGUCGAGUUCCAUGACCUGGUGACCUUCACCCGGGAUGGAGGGGUCCAGUGGGGGGAUAGGUCCUCCAGCUUCCGAACCCGAACCGCCAUCGAGAAGGCUGAGUCCAGCAACAACGUCCGCCUGAGCAUCAGCCGAGCCAGUGACACAGAGGCGGGCAAGUACCAGUGUGUGGCAGAGCUGUGGCGGAGGAACUACAACAACACCUGGACACGGCUGGCCGAAAGGACCUCCAACCUGCUGGAGAUCAGGGUGCUGCAGCCAGUGACAAAGCUGCAGGUGAGCAAAUCGAAGAGGACCCUCACCCUGGUGGAGAACAGGCCCAUCCAGCUGAACUGCUCGGUCAAGUCGCAGACCAGCCAGAACUCCCACUUUGCCGUGCUCUGGUACGUCCACAAGCCCUCUGACGCCGACGGCAAGCUCAUCCUCAAGACCACCCACAACUCGGCCUUCGAGUAUGGCACCUACGCCGAGGAGGAGGGCCUGCGAGCCAGGCUCCAGUUUGAGAGGCACGUGUCGGGGGGCCUGUUCAGCCUCACCGUCCAGAGAGCCGAGGUCAGCGACAGUGGCAGCUACUACUGCCAUGUGGAGGAGUGGCUGCUGAGCCCCAACUAUGCCUGGUACAAGCUGGCAGAGGAGGUCUCGGGGCGCACAGAAGUCACUGUAAAGCAGCCAGACAGCCGCCUGAAGCUCAGCCAAGCGCAGGGGAACCUGUCGGUCCUGGAGACGCGGCAGGUGCAGCUGGAGUGUGUGGUCCUGAACCGCACCAGUGCGGCCUCCCAGCUUGUGGUGGAGUGGUUUGUGUGGAAGCCCAACCACCCGGAGCGGGAGACCGUGGCCCGCCUGAGCCGGGAGGCUACCUUCCACUACGGAGAGCAGGCAGCCAGAAACAACCUGAAGGGGCGGCUGCAUGUGGAGAGCCCGUCCUCCGGCGUGUACCGGCUCUUCAUCCAGAAUGUGGCCGUGCAGGACAGCGGCACCUACAGCUGCCGUGUGGAGGAGUGGCUGCCCAGCCCCAGCGGCCUGUGGUAUAAGCGGGCGGAGGACACUGCUGGGCAGACGGCUGUUACAGUCAUGCGACCAGAUGCCGCCCUGCAGGUGGACACGGUGGUCCCCAAUGCCACAGUGUCCGAGAAGGCAGCUUUCCAGCUGGACUGUAGCAUCGUGUCUCGCUCCAGCCAGGACUCCCGCUUUGCCGUGUCCUGGUAUUCUCUGAGGACUAAAGCUGGUGGGAAAAGGGGCAGCCCUGACCUGGAUGAACAAGAGGAAGAGGAGGGGGAGGAGGGGGAGGAGGAGGACCUGAUGGAGCGGACGGCCCUGCUGAGCGUGGGCCUGGAUGCUGUCUUUGGCCCAGAGGGCGGCCCCUGGGAGGGCAGGCUUCGCUUCCAGAGGCUCUCCCCCUUGCUCUACCGUCUCACAGUGCUGCAGGCAAGCCCCCGAGACACGGGUAACUACUCCUGCCGUGUGGAGGAGUGGCUGCCCAGCCCUCAGAAGGAAUGGUACCGGCUGACAGAGGAGGAGUCGGCCCCCAUCGGCAUCCAUGUUCUGGACGCAAGUUCCACCCUGCAGUCCAUCAUCUGCUCCAACGACGCCCUCUUCUACUUUGUCUUCUUCUACCCCUUUCCCAUCUUCGGCAUCCUUAUCAUCACCAUCCUGCUGGUGCGCUUCAAGAGCCGGAACUCCAGCAAGAACUCCGACGGGAAGAAUGGGGUGCCCCUGUUAUGGAUCAAAGAACCACACCUCAACUACUCCCCCACUUGCCUGGAGCCCCCUGUGCUCAGUAUCCACCCAGGAGCCAUAGACUAAGGGGGUCCCUGGUGGACGUCGGCCACAGAGGAGCGGACGAGCUCCCUCGCUGCCUCUGUCUGCAGUCAGACAGCAGAUAGCACCCACACUCAGGAGUGCUCGUGCAGAGAAUUGUCAGACUUGACAAGUGUUCCAAGUCCCCGUGAGUCACAGAGAGAGACUGCCUCUAGGUGGCCGUCUUGGUCGGUUAGCUGUUUUUGAGCAGAGGUCGUCAUCCUGCGGAAUUAGGUUUGUUUUUGUUUCUGGUAACGUAGUGAGUAGCUCAAGGUGCCACAUCUACUCACUGACUUAUGUAGUAUUCUCAGAUAGAUGUUACAGGGGCUCUUAUUCUUUGUAAUGGACUCUUUUUAAAUCCCUCUGGUUUACCCUUUUUGGAUUCUGUAAUGUUGUGGACGAUUUGCUCUUACAUACAACUGAUGGCAAAAGGAAGGACGAACUUGAUAGUGCAAAGGAAUCUCUUCCAAGACUUUUUGUUUCUGCACACUUGAAAAUGCCACCCGUGGAUCAAAAUACACCCAAACAUUUUUUACUUUCUCAACGAUACUUGAAGAUUAUGUGUCAUGUGGGCCAAUUUGUAUCUUAUCUUCUUCCUCAGCUGGAGUUCUUGGAAACACUUGUAGUCAAGAUGAAGGCAUUGAAUUUUGCUUCAAAGAACUACGUAUGUACAAGAGAAAUCCUGCAGAACCCCACUAGGAGUAGAUGGUGCCAGGCCAGCCUGUCUGUCAGGGAGGCAAAAAAAGGCUUCCUCCGAACCUUGCCGAAAAACAAGAAAACUUUCUUGGAGAACAAGUCAGAAGCUCCACACAGCACACACUUUCCAAGUGAAAGUAGGCAGAGGCUGCUUUUAGCAGCUACCGACUUUAGGAUCCAUCAAAGCCAACGAUUAGUGAAGGAAGAAAAAAGGCUGGUUGUCGGCUUGAUCUGUUCUGCAGGGCAGCCCCAACUGGGAGCUGCCAGCUGGUGGCUUCUAUUUUAAGGUGCUUUGCCAAACUCGUAAGGGAAAGUGGCCAGUGAGCCCGGAAGGGGGACAGGUCUGAGCUGAAGACACGGGGCCCAAGCAGCCACCAUAUACAUGGACAGAGGGCACCAGGGCUGGCUGACAGCUGAGUUUCUUGAAGAGGGGGCCAGCCAGGGGCGGGAAGGAGUUUCCCGAGCCUGACGUUGGAGGGGGGGAGGAAUAAUUGCCUCUCUGGAGGUAUGAAGACUAGGUUUUGCUUCUUCCUCCCAAUUAGAUUUUCCUCAAAGAUAUUGAUGUCUGUCUUGUUCACCAUUUCUCCCUGCAUCUCACUGCCGUGAGAAUGUCAGCCAGAGGAGGUCCAGACACAGCCCUUUGUAAUCAUUUCGGCUUACUUAGUCUCAGCAGAAAGUCACCACAUGCUUUUUUCUGUGGGUUUCUUGCCCCUUUCUUAGAUCUUGUUCGUGAGUUUAAGUGAUUUGGUUCAUUGUUAUGGCAGCUUUUAUUUGAAUACCCUUAAAGC